GGCAGAUACAUGUUUAUAUUUACCAGAUACACGCCCUCGAGUGGAGAGCAUAUUUGGGCCACUGCUGCGCCCAUCAGCUCCUUCGACAAUUACCUGCCUUCGCGUCCCAAGUUAAGGUGGAAUCGGACCGCCGUCCCGCCCCCUCCCUUCCGGAUUAUUCUUUUCUGCCCCCGCCGAACUAUAUUUCGCCCUCCGUCUAUUCCCAACUGAGGUGAUCGGCGCGGAGAUGCGCAAGCGAUUGCCAAGAAUUUGCCUGUCGAGGCAUGGGCUGACCGUGUCUGCGCAGUCGUUGACGGCACUGCCAGAUGUAGGCUGUGCAGACCCAAGAUACUUCUCCAUCUAGCUGCGGAUAUGCAUCGUGGGUGUCUUGGUGGUGGUUUAUAUUCUCUUGGGGUGCGUCCUCGAGAUGUCAGAGAUUGCUCACGUUUCCUCCUUGUACAGACUCGCUACGCCGUCCAGCUCCUCCCUCCACUGACAUGUAUACCGCGCGCUUCUUUGUGUGCAUUGUGGUGUACGCCACAGCGGUGUUAGCCACUUGCAGGAUAGAAUAUCCUGGUGGCGUUGAAUAUUGGUGGGUGUCCUCCAGACCAAACGUUGUAGGAUGGUCAUGCGAGGCGGACGCGCCGGCGGAAUACUAUGAUUUAGUGCCUUCCGCAUCCCGUCUUCACAAUUACGACACUUCUCUCCUCGCGAAGCCCACGACGGUGGCGCACAACGUUUCGCAUCGAGACUGCGUGAAGGUCAUCAACGACCUGCCUGACAACUUGACGGAGGGAAGAGGUUACUACCUCCAGUUGGCUGAUGCGAACCUCGCGACGGUUUACGCCGUGUCCGAACCGUUUGAGAUCAAGUCGAGGGACGCAGGCUACCCUUCAACAUGCAUGAACUCUACGACCACACCCCCGCGACCGACCGCAUCCCCCACAUGCGCUUUCCCGACGCCGUCAUCCACCCUCCUUCCUUCGACGCCAACAUCCGCCCACAUUCCCCCAAUCUCAACGCCGUCUACACCGUCCGCCAACCUCGUCGCAGGACAUGCGGACUUCGAACAUGGGGAAAGGAGGUCGCCAAUCUGGGACAUGCCUGACUGGCUGGCGUUCUUCUGUCUAGGGGGCCUUGCUGCGAGCGCUUCGCGUGACUGCGUUCAGUCGGACACCACUGUGAAGCGCUACUUUGUGCAGCGGCUCAUCCACGCUGGCUGGUACUCUUUGUGCGUCUUUGCCGCGACCGCCUCUGCCACCUUUUCGAUCGAAAAUCCCGGCGGGGAUGACUCUUGGUGGGUUGCAGAUAAUCAGAAUAUCGUGCAAUGGACUUGCAACGACGAAGCACCAGAUAGCUACUAUAAUAUCGUAAUCCUCAACAAUGAUACCUCCCUCCUCGCCGAAGCAUCCACCGUCGCCACGAACGUCUCGAACUGGGAUUGCUCGGAACUCAUCGAGUCCUCGCAGUCUAACUACACGGCUGGCACGGGCUACUACAUCGAGCUGACCUCUGUCGACGGCGCUAGCGUCUACGCUACCUCAGACUCCUUUGAGAUCAAGGCAUCCGGAUCGACGUACCCCUCGUCGAGUGACUUCCACCUCUUCUCGGGCCUCCUCUACGCACACGACCUCGACCGGGACAACGACGAAGUCGAGCGGUACGGCCUCGACUAG